AUGGCGGCCCGGACGAUGCAAGCGGCACGAUGCCCGACAGAUGACCUGUCGUUGACAAACUGUGCUGUGGUGAGCGAGAAGGAUCUGCAGUCUGGACAACAUGUGACUGUGAAGACUACGCCAACUCACAAGUUUGUGUUCACUACAAAAACCCACCACGCCAUAGUCCCUGGCACUAUCGCUUUCAGUCUGCCACAGAGGAAAUGGGCCGGUCUGUCCAUUGGACAGGAGGUGGAAGUGGCCAACUACAACUUUGACAAGUCCCAGCAGUGCAUCGGUGCCAUGACUAUAGAGAUUGACUUCCUCCAGAAGAAGAGCACGGACACCAGCCCCUACGACUCAGACAAGAUGGCCAGCGAGUUCAUCCAGCAGUUCAACAACCAGGCCUUCUCUGUCACCCAGCAGUUGGUGUUUAGUUUCUGCGACAAGCUCUUUGGGCUGGUGAUCAAAGACAUUGAGGCCAUGGACGCCAGCAUCCUCAAGGGAGAGCCAGCAUCAGGCAAGAAGCAGAAGAUUGACAUUGGCCUGCUGGUGGGGAACAGCCAGGUGGUUUUCGAGAAAGCAGAGAGCUCCUCCCUCACGUUAGUUGGCAAGGCCAAGACCAAAGAGCAGCGUCAGUCCAUCAUCAACCCGGACUGGAACUUUGAGCGCAUGGGCAUUGGUGGUCUGGACAAGGAGUUCUCCGACAUCUUCCGCCGAGCCUUCGCCUCUCGUGUCUUUCCUCCUGACAUCGUGGAACAGAUGGGUUGUAAGCACGUGAAGGGAAUCCUUCUCUUCGGGCCUCCUGGUUGUGGAAAGACUCUGAUGGCCAGGCAGAUUGGCAAGAUGCUCAACUCCCGCGAGCCCAAGAUCGUCAACGGCCCUGAGAUCCUCAACAAGUUUGUGGGAGAGUCUGAGGCCAACAUCCGCAAGCUCUUCGCAGAUGCAGAAGAGGAGCAGAAGAGGCUGGGUGCUAACAGUGGUCUGCACAUAAUCAUCUUCGAUGAGCUGGAUGCCAUCUGUAAGCAGAGAGGUACUGGGCAGGGCAGUACAGGAGUCCACGACACGGUGGUCAACCAGCUGCUGUCCAAGAUAGACGGAGUAGAGCAGCUCAACAACAUCUUGGUCAUAGGGAUGACCAACAGGCCUGACCUGAUAGAUGAUGCCCUGAUGAGGCCUGGCAGGUUUGAGGUCAAGAUGGAGAUCGGUCUUCCGGAUGAGAAGGGGCGUGUUCAGAUUCUCAACAUUCACACUAAUAAGAUGCGUGACUUCGGCCUGCUGGCUCCUGAUGUGGACGUGAAGGAGCUGGCUGCCGGAACCAAGAACUACAGUGGUGCUGAACUGGAGGGGCUGGUCAGAGCUGCCCAAUCAACAGCCAUGAACCGCCACAUUAAGGCCACAGCCACAGUGGAGGUGGACACAGAGAGAGCCGAGAAGCUGCAGGUCACCAGAAGCGACUUCAUGGGCUCCCUGAACAACGACAUUAAACCAGCAUUUGGUUCCAACCAGGAGGACUACGCCAGCUACAUCAUGAACGGCAUCAUCAAGUGGGGCGACCCGGUGACCUGUGUGCUGGAUGACGGGGAGCUGCUGGUGCAGCAGACCAAGAACAGCGACCGCACACCGCUGGUGGCCGUGCUACUGGAGGGACCCCCUCACAGUGGAAAGACGGCCCUGGCUGCCCAAAUCUCGGAGAGCUCAGAGUUCCCCUUCAUCAAGAUCUGUUCCCCGGACAAGAUGAUCGGUUUCUCCGAAAACUCCAAGUGCCUGGCUAUCAAGAAGAUCUUCGAGGAUGCCUACAAGUCUCAGCUGAGCUGUGUGGUGGUGGAUGACAUUGAACGUCUCCUAGACUACGUCCCCAUUGGACCUCGCUUCUCCAACAUGGUUCUCCAGGCCCUGCUGGUGCUGCUGAAGAAGACUCCUCCGAAAGGCCGUAAGCUGUUGAUCAUCGGAACCACCAGCCGUAAGGAGGUGCUGCAGGAGAUGGAGAUGCUGGACGCCUUCAGUACCACCAUCCACGUCCCCAACAUCUCUACUGGAGAACACCUGGUGGAAGCCCUAGAGCUACUGGGAAGCUUCACGGACGCAGAGCGGGUCACCAUCGGCCAGCACGUCAAGGGAAAGAGGGUCUGGAUUGGCAUCAAGAAGCUCCUGAUGCUCAUCGAAAUGUCUCUGCAGAUGGAUGUGGAGUACAGAGUCACUAAGUUCCUGCAGCUUCUUAGAGACGAGGGGGCUGAACGCACCGACCGCAAUGACCGCAGCUACAAGUUCGACUAG